AUGGAUCCGCGAACCCUCAUAGACGCACAGUUCGACCGCGCGGUAGAGAUCGUUCAGAGCCUGCCCAAGAAUGGCCCAAUCCAAACUGGGUACGAGGAGAAGCUGACGAUGUACAGUCUGUACAAACAAGCCACCGUCGGGAAUGUGCAAUCUCCGAGACCGAAUAUGUGGGACAUGUUGGGCAGGGCUAAAUGGGACGCGUGGGCGAAGCAUAAAGAUUUGGACUCGUAUGAGGCGAAGAUGCUCUACGUUGACGCAUUAUUAAAGGUCCUUCGAAGGUAUUCCGACAAGACAGUCGCGAUGGACUUAGUGCGGGAAUUAGAAUCAUAUGGAGAUCCAUCCAGCCUCGUCAUGAGUGGUUCGCUCUCGCGAUCGCGCGCAUCUAGCUCAUCCGGGUCGACCACGUCUGACGACCAUUCGCCUCACUACCAGGCAGUCCAACUCAGUGGUCAGUCUGACUUUCCUAUGCCCGGCCACAUGCACGAUCCCCGCACCGAUGAAAGCAGCGCAGAGGAAGAGGAGGACGAGAAUGACCGCGUGGCCCCAGUUACCUCCGUCUAUGCGCAGAGCACUCAGAUGACCCGCCCUCAAUCUUCCAUGUCCUCGAGGCGCUACCGCACGCCGAUGGCUGGGUCACUGCUGUCUCCGCCGCCACACAGUGCGAGCGUCCCAGCCACUCAGCCUUUGCCAGAAUUCCACACCGAAUCCGCGUUUGCAGAACCGGCACCCAUUCACGCCUCUUCGGGUUACGCUCCAACCGCAUCUUCCUAUCAGGACCGCUUCUCACAUGCAUCUACCACGGAUCUGACGUCAUCCAUCCACGCAUACCCUCCGCCUGCAGGAUACAGAGCACCCAGCCAGCAGCAGCAGCGCAGGCCGUACGCUACCUACGGCAACGUACCGGCGCGCCCAGCCUCCCGACCAACGCUGGAACGGGCCGUAGAGAACAUGCAGGCGACAAUGGCAUCUCUCAGCGAACGGAUAGAGAGUCUGGAAACGCUGCGCUUGUCAACAUCCCUGUCUUCUCCGGGUCAGCGUUCUCCUCGGUGGAGCGCCGCGAUGCAGGGCAACGGUGGAGAGUGGGAUCUGGACGAUAUGGGCAUGUGGUCGCUUGUCCUUCGCCCGCUUGCUCGUGUCCUCUCCAUGCUCAGGUUCAUCACAUCGUUCCUGGCAAACGGGCAGGGCCGUUCGCCGGCGAUGGUCAUCGUGCGGCGGCUAUUCCUGGACGCCUCAUUCAUACUGUGCGUUCUUGCAGCGAUGAAGCUGAUGUGGAGACGCAGCGGGGUGCGCAGGCGAGAGGUGCGCGCUGCAUUAGGUUUUCUGUGGUUGGCAGUGAUUGGACAGAGACAGCCGCGACGGAUGGUGGACCGCGGUGUUUAA